CUCCCUCUUCCCGGUGCGGCGCCAUCAGUGAGCAGCAGACAUGGCGAUCCGCUACCCCAUGGCCGUGGGCCUCAACAAGGGCUACAAGGUGACGAAAAACGUGUCCAAGCCCAGGCAGUGCCGCCGCCGCGGGCGCCUGACCAAGCACACCAAGUUCGUGCGGGACAUGAUCAGGGAGGUCUGCGGUUUCGCGCCCUACGAGCGGCGAGCCAUGGAGCUGCUGAAGGUGUCCAAGGACAAACGAGCCCUCAAGUUCAUCAAGAAACGGGUUGGCACUCACAUCCGUGCCAAGAGGAAGAGAGAAGAGCUGAGCAAUGUCCUGGCAGCCAUGAGGAAAGCAGCUGCAAAGAAGGACUGAGCUGUGUCCUGGCUCCAAUAAAGCCUUUCUCACAACCCCAGUCAGUGGCUGU